GUAUUUGUUUGUAGUCCCCAGUUGGAGGUUUCAGGAACUGUGUAGAAAGUGGAUUACGAUUUGAAAGCUUGUGUAGCUUUUAAUUCUCAGUUGGCCGGAAUUCUGAGUUCCUUGAGAUUUCCCAUAUGAAUCUCUGAGUGUUCGAGGAUGAGCUGCCAGAUGUCCUGUACAGAGAAACCUGCUCUAACCAAACCCUCAUUGAGCGAGGCCCAGGCUGUUGAGUUGGUCGAGCGGUUGUAUGGUCUGAAGGUCUCCAGUGUCCAACCGAUGCCCUGUUACGAUGACCAGAACUUCCACAUCCUGGUGUCUGAGAGCCAGGAGAUCGGAGAUCACAGUAAGAGCUAUGUCCUUAAAGUGAUGAACACUGUUGAUAGCCAAGAUGCCGAUUUGAUUGAAGCACAAACACAAGCCAUGAUUUUUUUGAACGAGAAAGGAUUUCCUUCACCCACACCAAUCUCAACCAUUGAUAGCAAGAUUAUGUCAUUGGAAACUAUUGGUUGUGGGGAAGAAUAUAAGACUCAUAUGGUCCGGUUACUGACCUACCUCCCUGGAACUCCAUUGUCCCAAAUGCCUAUAGGACCUCAGAUCUUGUACAAAGCUGGCCAAACUCUUGCCCAAAUGAACCAGGCUCUUGCAGAAUUCCAGCAUCCUACCCUGAAGAGUCUGCAGCGACAGGAUUUCCUCUGGAAGCUCUCAAACACUCACAUGCUGGACAAGUACCUUCACGCACUGGAGGAGGGAAGCGAUCGCCAAAUAGUGGAGCAAAUUAUUCAGCAAUUCAAGGAAAAGAUACUUCCAAAUCUCAGCAAGUUUCGUAAAAGCCUAAAUCAUGGAGAUUUCAGUCACACCAACAUUCUAGUACAGCCUGUUCAUUCUUCAACUGAGCAUUCCAACCCGACUCACCUACAGCAGGAGUUGGACAUCUCUGGCAUACUGGACUUCACUGACAUGAAUUAUGGUUACUGUGUAUAUGAUGUGGCCAUUUCCAUAAUGUAUCUGAUGCUGGAGAGCAGCGAUCCCAUAAGAGCUGGAGGCCAUGUUCUCUCAGGCUACGAGAGUGUGACCCCUUUAGUCCCUGAGGAGCGAGACGCUGUGUUUCUGUUGGUUCUCUGCCGGUUUUGUCAGUCUCUGGUUCUGGCAAGAUACAAUAUUCUGCUUUACCCUGAAAAUGAGGAGUACCUUCUGACCACAGCAAGAACUGGCUGGAAGUGUUUACACCAGUUGUGGUCGCUAGGUAAAGAGGCAGUGGAAAAGAUUUGGUUUGAGUCGGCCAAGUCUCCUUGCACUUGAUGCAGACCCUGUUGGUUCUGCACAUUGGCAGCUUGGAUAACAAGGGCACUUUUCAGAGCAGAAUUAACCAAUAUAUUCAGCACCAUAUGUGCUUUAAGUUCCAAGUUAUUAAGAUACAUUCUUAAACCACUUUUCACUCCCUUUAUGCUUGGCUUUCUUAACUGUUACAAAUCCAGCUGUAAAGCCCAACCUCUAGACCUCUCUACAACCAUUUCAAAUAACUCCAGAAUUUCCUUUGUCCAGUCCCAAAAUGGGAAGACAAUGAUCCACAGUCUGGUUACCAUCUGUAACAUCAGAUCCUGAUCAAACACCUCUCUAACUCCUGAGCUUUCGAUAUGCGACCUGGACAAACUGGGAUGUGCUCGUCCUGGACACCGUGUGUCUUUGGAGUUGGUCCCAGAAUCUGUCAACUUGGAUACAUCAGGACAUCUAUUUCUUCAAUGUGAAAGUAUCCAACCACUGUGAGGAAUAACUCUUGGCAGUUGACCUCGUUAACCUCUGAACCUGAUUGACCUGUGGGCACUGGAGACCAAAGCAGGGAAUUAAUCUCCUCUGAACCACAUGCAGUCACUGACUACAUUAUGAGUGAGAAUGAGAAUGCUAUCACCCGAAUAGGACUGACAUUCCACAAAAAUUUCCUCCCUCCACAUCUUGAUUUGUUAUCCCUCUGCAAUGGCUUUGAUCGAGGUAUUUACAUUUACGUUCAACCACUGAAUCAAGGAUCCAAGAAUUCACUGUGAACAAUACUUAACAGUGCCAAUGUGAACCCAAGAUAGGCCAAGACUCUUCUACUCCAGACCAGCCCACAGGUUUUUUUCAAUAUUACCUUGUUUGCUGCAGCUCAGAAGCAUUUCAUUGGCUGUGAAGCACUUUGCCACCUCCUGAGGUUGUGAAAGGUGCUAAAUAAAUGUAAGCCCAUUUUUUUGUCUAAACAGUUAUGGAAAGACCUGCUGCUACUUAAGGUACUAAUGGCCUGAGACCUUGAAAGAUGGCACAGUUUCAAUUAUUCCGAAGCCCGAUGUACUUCAGAAAUGUUUUCUGUAAUGCUCGUGGACCCAGCGUCUAUUAAAACAACAAUACACAACUGUGAAAA